AUGCUGCUCUUUUAGCCGCAGUUAGCUGCAUAGCCCAUAUCUGUUACAUAGAACAUGCAGCAAGCCUGGAAGUUGGACCAGAACCAACCGGGUCAGAAUGUGGCUGGUGGAGUCUGCUGAUUGGCUUGGAUUGCUCUUCACCUGCCAGCAGCCAACCAAUCGGAGAGCGGCUCUGGUGUUUUUAUUGUCAUUCUGUUCAGGCUGUUUGUGAGUGCUGUUGCUAAGCAACAGUCUUUUGAGGCUUGUGGGAAAGUUUUCACCUCCUCACAGAAACAAAGCAGCACGCACGGAGCUGCUGUUCAGAGUUCGCCUGACCCAAUCUGGAACAUGAAGCUCACUGGGAACCGAACCACAGACUCAGUGGGAUCCAUUCAGCCAAUCAGAAAGCAGCCUGAUGCUGAUGUAAAUAAAAACCUUGUGAUCCAAACUGUGCCUUCUCCCUGUGCCUGCAGGGGGGGCAGCGGCAUGGAGACCAAGCCAGAGCUGCAGCGGGUUCUGGAGUCCAGGAAGCGGGAUCAGCUGAUCCGCCAGAGGAAACAGGAAGAGGAAGCGCGCAGGAAGAUUUCCCCGCUGGAGGCCGAGCUGCUCAAGAGACACAUGAAGCUGGAGGAGCUGGAGCGUCAGCAGGAGCAGCAGCAGGAGGAGAACCUCAGAGCUCCAGAGUUUGUUAAAGUCAGAGAAAAUCUGAGACGGACGUCCUUCCAUGCAGAUGAGGAGGAGGUGUAGAGACAGAGACACAAAGUGUCCAGAUGGCGACAGGAGGCUCUGGGGACGGAGCGUCCAUAGCAGGACUCUGCGAGGUCGGGACAUGGCGGCCAUGAUGUUUCCCAGCAGAUGUUAAACCUGUCAGAUCCCUGAUCUGAUGCUAAUGUUUCUGCAUCAUGAUGAUUGUUAGACAGCUGCUGCCCCCUGGUGGUCAGCUUGUAGACAGCAGCACCUGGAUGAGCAGGUAGACCCACCUGAAGAGGAAGAGGAGGCUCUUUAUCAGCUUGAUGAUGGACAGAUUCUCUGCUCUCUCAUUGGUCAGGACGAUUCUCGGGUGUUUCAGCUCAAACUUCUUCUUUGUGCCUUUUCUGUCAGGAACCUUUCCUCUGGGUCCUCCUGCUGCAGAAACAAGUUUUAUGUUGGCUUUAUUAAACCAGAGCCGUUUUAUAGACGUAACCAUGUUAGAUCUGUGUUGUAGAGUUCAGCUCAGUGAGUUCAAGCUAACUCCUGUAGGACGUCUAACAUCUGGCCCGCCCAGCUGUCCCUCUGCUGGGACCUGACGAUGCAAAGCAGCUGCAGUCACUAACGACAGAGGAACCGCUGAGGCCGGCUUGGCGUGGAGACAUGAAACCACUUCCUGUCAGAGCAAGAACAGCUGCAGAGAUUUCACAGCACUUCAUGCUCAGACGGUGGACAGUAGGGUUUGUUGACUGAUGUUGUGCCUGAAUAAAUCUUUUAUAAAGCAGCUCA